AUGGCCACUGCUAUUGCUUCAUCUUUCACCCUAUGUCAACAUGUACCAACAGAGAAUGAAGACGAAUGUCAAGAAGAACAAUAUUCACUUUGUCCACAUUGUGAUUUAUGGCUUUGUAUUCCACACACACUUGACCAUCAACAAAUUAUACAGGCCAAUGCUCAUGAACUCAAUGACCGUGCCAAUCAAGUACGACAACAGUUAACUGAACUGUCAAUUGAUUAUCUUUAUGAAGAUUGUAAGAAGAAAAUAGACGAAUGGAGAGAUCAAAUACACGCAGAAAUCAAUAUUCGACAUGCUGAAAUGGUUCAGCAACUGACUAAGUUAUACGAUGAACUUGCAGAAGAAGUAAAAGAAUUUAAACAGAAAAAGAUCGAAUCAUUUACGCACGAGAUUGUUGAACCACUUACUCGUAUGCUUACCAAACAAAAACAAGUUCAUCCGAAAGAAUUGAAAACUUUGGUAACGAAGUUGCAAUCUCUCGAGGAAAAAAUUGUAGAUAUUAAAAAACCUAAUGUAAUUCACAUGAAUUAUGAUGAAGUAAAAUUAAAUGGAGAGGUCAAUUUUACACGUCAACAUCCAUGCGAUGAAAUAGAAGCAACAUUGAAUAUUGAUCCAUCAUUAGAACUCGAAUAUCUGAAGAGGGCAGCGAUUCAUCGUUUCCAAUUAGAAACAAAUGGUUUGGCAUUAGCAGCAUCAGAUAAUUUCAUAUUGACGUUUGAAAGCCCUUCAACAUUACUUUUAUUUAAUAACGAAAUCCAACUUCGAUCUAUUGAUACAAAAGGUAACGAAGUAUGGGAUAUUUGUUGGUCUGAUACAAUGAAACUCUUUCUGAUUGCUGGGAAAAAACUUCAAACAUAUGAUAUUAUUCAUAACCAAAUAGUCGAUACGUCUGUUAACAAUCCACUAAGUAAUUCUAAUAUUUGGUCUGUUACUAGUUAUUUUCAUGAUGUACUUUUACUAUAUAAGCAUGAUUCGAUCAAACGUUAUUCAUGGCCUUCAUUCAAGCUAAAAACAAUGUGGCCAAAAAGUAGUUAUUUGGAAGAAAACAGUGAUUCUGGAGCAUCAUGCAUCCGUCUUAAUGAUAUUGGAAUAUUAGCGAUAAGUAUUAGACAAGAGGAUUUGCACUGGCGUAUAGAUUUGUUUGAUACACAGAUGCAACGAAUUCACCGUGGUGUUCCUCUAACCAACAAUGGAAAAGAUGAAUGGAAUUUUCCGUUUAUUUCUUUAACUAAUAAUGAAUGGAAUUUUCCGUUUAUUUCUUUAACUAAUAACGAAUGGCUCGUAAUGGAUGAAAGCUCCAGACCUCAAAUGUUGACAUUGGUCGAUAAAAAUGGAAAACUUAAACAACAAAUUGAGAAGGAAGGAUACAAUUUGGCUAUAAUGGGUGGAAGAUUUCUUGUUUUGCGUCAUAGUAACAGUUUACUGUUGUAUAAACUUUCACAAUAA